GAAAAGAGGGCGGCCGCACCGGUAGUGAGGUCAUAAUGGACAGACGGAAGGAAGCGGCGAAUCGGCUGCAUCCGUUGUUCUUAGCUCCGAGAGCGGUCCCCGCGCGCCCGCUGCAGCGGCUCGAGGCGGGAGGGGGUCAGGGCUCGCCGGUGGUCGGGCUCGCGACGCGCGUGCAGGCGGGAAGCCGCUGCAGUAGCGGCCUCAGCCGGGGGCGAGGCGGGCAGGCGCCGCGGGGCCGAGCCGUGGACAUGGCGGAGGCCGCGGCCUCGGAGCCACUGGGCCGGAGCCGGCAGGAGGCGGCCUGGGUGGAGAAGCUGCGAGGGGACUGCGAGCCCGAGCACCACUGGCGGCACCGCCGCGAGUUCCUGCUGCGCAACGCGGGGGGCUCGCCCGCCGGGGACAGCGGGGCCCUGCAGCGCCUCGUCUCUCUCUCCAUGGUGUGGGCCAACCACGUCUUCCUGGGCUGCCGGUACCCGCUGUCGGUGAUGGAAAAGGUGCUGGAAAUGGCUGAAGGCAUCAAAGUGACCGAUGCGCCCGCCCACACUACGAGAGAUGAACUGGUUGCCAAGGUGAAGAAAAGAGGCAUAUCAAGUAGCAAUGAAGGGGUAGAGGAACCUUGCAAGAAACGAGCUGUUGACAAAAGUAGAGAUUCUAAGGAUGUUGGAAAUGAUUCUAAGUCGACAAAGACUGAAGUUUCCAAGGAGACCGAGAGCAUGUUGCCGAAGAAAGAGGAAAAAGAUGUGGGAAAAGAUUCAGAGCAUUCACUGUCAUCCUCAGUCUCAAACCAAGAAAAGAGCUCAGUGCCAGGAACGGGAACAGAAACAAAAGCAGCUAAUUAUGAAACCACUACCAAGCAUAAUUCAACUGCAGCACCUGCUUCAUCUGGAACUGAGUCAAAAAUGAAUUAUCAUUCCAGUAUGGAAACCAAACAUGAAAAGAAGAGUAUAUUGCCCAGUGCUGCGGCGGCGGCUUCCAAAAGCAGCUCCCUGGCCAGCGCUCCGCCAGUGGCUGCGGCUACCAAAAGCGGCUCCCAGACCAGAGCAGCAGCAGCAGCGGCUACCAAAAGCGGCCCCCAGGCCAGCGCUCCACCGGCAGCGGCUACCAAAAGCAGCCCCCAGGCCAGCGCUCCACCGGCAGCGGCUACCAAAAGCGGCCCCCAGGCCAGCGCUCCACCGGCAGCGGCUACCAAAAGCGGUUCCCAGGCCAGCGCUCCGCCGGCAGCGGCUACCAAAAGCAGCUCCCAGGCCAGCGCAGCGGCAGCGGCUACCAAAAGCAGCUCCCAGGUCAGUGCUCCACCGGCAGCGGCUACCAAAAGCGGCUCCCAGGCCAGCGCUCUGCCAGCAGCGGCUACCAAAAGCGGCUCCCAGGCCAGCGCUCCGCCAGCGGCGGCUACCAAAAGCGGCUCCCAGGCCAGCGCUCUGCCGGCAACGGCUACCAAAAGCGGCUCCCAGGCCAGCGCUCCGUCAGCAGCGACGGCGGCUACCAAAAGCGGCCCCCAGGCCAGCGCUCCGCCGGCAGCGGCGGCGGCUACCAAAAGCGGCUCCCAGGCCAGCGCUCCGCCGGCAGCGGCUACCAAAAGCGGCUCCCAGGCCAGCGCUCCGCCGGCAGCGGCUACCAAAAGCGGCUCCCAGGCCAGCGCUCCGCCGGCGGCGGCUACCAAAAGCGGCUCCCAGGCCAGUGCUCCGCCGGCGGCGGCUACCAAAACCGUCUCCCAGGCCAGCGCUCCGCCGGCAGCGGCGGCGGCUACCAAAAGCGGCUCCCAGGCCAGCACUCCGCCGGCAGCGGCGGCGGCGACCAAAAGCGGCUCCCAGGCCAGCGCUCCGCCGGCGGCGGCUACCAAAAGCGGCUCCCAGGCCAGCGCUCCGCCGGCAGCGGCGGCGGCUAUUAAAAGCAGCUCCCAGGCCAGCGCUCCGCCAGCGGCAGCUACCAAAAGCGGCUCCCAGGCCAGCACUCCGCCGGCAGCGGCGGCGGCGACCAAAAGCGGCUCCCAGGCCAGUGCUCCGCCGGCGGCGGCUACCAAAAGCGGCUCCCAGGCCAGCGCUCCGCCGGCAGCGGCGGCGGCUAUUAAAAGCAGCUCCCAGGCCAGCGCUCCGCCAGCGGCAGCUACCAAAAGCGGCUCCCAGGCCAGCGCUAUGGCGACGGCUACCAAAAGCGGCUCCCAGGCCAGCGCUAUGGCGACGGCUACCAAAAGCGGCUCCCAGGCCAGCGCUAUGGCGACGGCUACCAAAAGCGGCUCCCAGGCCAGCGCUAUGGCGACGGCUACCAAAAGCGGCUCCCAGGCCAGCGCUAUGGCGACGGCUACCAAAAGCGGCUCCCAGGCCAGCGCUAUGGCGACGGCUACCAAAAGCGGCUCCCAGGCCAGCACUAUGGCGACGGCUACCAAAAGCAGCUCCCUGGCUAGCGCUCCGCCGGUGGCGACGGCUACCAAAAGCAGCUCCCUGGCCAGCGCUCUACUGGUGGCUUCCAAAAGCAGCUCCCAGGCCGGCGCUCCACCGGUGGCUUCCAAAAGCAGCUCCCAGACUACUGAAAGUCCCGCUAAAGUGUCAUGGAAGCCAUUAACAAGUGAAGAUGCAAAAGAAAGACAGCCUUUUUUCAAUAGACUGUACAAAUCUGUGGCCUGGAAGUUGGUUGCUGUUGGAGGUUUUAGUCCCAAUGUCAAUCAUGCAGAACUUCUAAACUCAUCCAUUCAGUCUGUGAAAGCCACUUUAGAUGUAACUUUUGUUCCACUGAAGGAACUUGCAGACUUACCUCAAAAUAAAAGCUCUCAUGAAAAUAUAGUUUGUGAACUGAGGUGCAAGUCUGUUUAUUUGGGUACUGGCUGUGGAAAAAGUAAGGAAAAUGCCAAAGCUAUAGCUUCAAGGGAAGCUUUGAAAUUAUUUCUAAAGAAGAAAGUUAUUGUAAAGAUAUGUAAAAGAAAGUACAAAGGACGUGAAAUUGAAGAUUUGGUACUUCUUGAUGAAGAAUCAAAACCCUCAAAUUUACCCCCAGCUUUAAGGAAUCCUCAAGAGAUCCUGUAGGACACACAAGAACUGAGGGUUACUUUUGUACUCUGAAAAUGUAGGCUUCCAGAUAUUUUGUAUUUCUCAGUUUUGCAGAACUACAUUGUUCCUUUCACACGGUAGCAAUUGUAAAUAACUUCUUAUAGAUCACAAGAAGUGUGCAUUUAAAGGUAUGCCUUAAUAUAGAGCACACUAGCGUGCUGUUUUAUUUGCUAAAUAGUCUACCUAAGUCUUCUAUUUUUAAUUAAAAGAUUAAGGUACAAUUUGAUUAAAGUCUAAUAAUUUUGUAAUUCUUACAAUUUGGUGGUAGUGUGCUCAGUUGUCUACCAUGUCUUUUUAGCUGCAUAGGAAUGUAUAUAGGGACCAUAGUACUUGAAUGGUUGAAAGUUGUUAAAUUUCAAGGAAAAGGUUGUCUGUUUGAAAUUUGUUGCCCAUAAUGUUCACUAUUCUUGUUGAAAAGAGAGAAAAUAGUUGGCUGACUAUUUUUAUGAAAAGUUGUAACAUUUUAAAGUUAAUCCUAAAAUAUGUGAUCCUGUUUAACAUUAUUACAAUAGCAAAUUGUCAGUAAAUAAUAAUCAGGGUGAUUUCAACCACCAAAACUCUUUAAGCAAAUUAAACUUGUGAAAUACCAUUUACACUUUGUUUUUCAGAUAAACAUGGAUUUCUAUAUAAGCAUAUUUUAUGACUGCUACUAUUAAAAAUAAUAAACUUCUGGGAUAUCCUCACUUUUAAUAUUUUGUUUUGGAUAUUAAAUGCUUUAAAAACUGACCAUUUUGAUAAAAGUUAGUAACAUCUUUUGGGGAAAAAAAAAACCUUAUACAUUAAACUGGGUCAGAAGCAUCUGUGAAAAUGAUCAACAGAGCAGUACUUUUUUUUUUUUAUAUAAAAAGAAAAAUGUACACUGGCUUCAAUGUGGAAGGGUUUCAAGGUGUAGUUACUGGUGGUUCUUAUUGUUUUAUUAAGAUGCACAAGAGAUACUAAUGUAAAACUAGAAUAACAAUAAAUAAUGGAAUGUAUACUAUUCCCACUCUAUCAUCAAUUAAAUGUGGGGCAGAGGAAAUGCAGGUGCUUCUGCUGGGUUGAGUGUGUCUUCUGAAAUGAGUUUACACAUAUUUUGAGCCUUAUUUUACUCUGUUUACACACUCAGUUCUCACACUGAUAUCAGGAAGUUUCAUACAAAGAUCAAGGGAAACCAUGGCCCUUUAGGUGCAGCAGUCUGGAAAGAAUUAUAAAUGGAGUGUAUAAAACACUGGAUAAUAAAAGUAAUGGCUAAGAGCAUGUUGUUCAUAGUGUUUUUUCAAUUCUGUGAAAGGAGUUUCUCAAAUUUAAAAUGGUGGUAGUUAGGCACUUUUUCUAUGUAAAAAUGUGCUAUCUUACUCAACAGAUCUGCUCUAUGCUAUCAAUAUCAAAUUCUACGACUGGUAUCACUGUAGAAUUAAUAAAAGUUGAGGAAUGGUC